UAAAUAUUUUAUAAAAAAGGAAACCAAGGCAAAAGAUUCAAUACCUCGAGAUUUUUUAUUUCCUUUUGUUUAGCGACGACAAAGGGUGGCUACUUUACAGCCAUACUCGACGGGCUAACUUUGCGGCAGCACAUGGCGAUUGCCGACCGGAAGCAGAGGAGCUUCGCGAGGAAGAUGUUUUGUCUCUGUCCGUUUUGGCAAACUUCCGCCACGGCGAAUAACUCUUCCUCAUCUUCCUCCACUCAAAACCUCAACCACAACGGUAACCGCCAUUCGGAGACGGUUACCGCCAAGCGCUCCAAAAUCGUUACUUCUAUUGCCAGAUCGCUUCUCCCUCCUCGGCGCCGGCUUCGCCUCGAUCCUGCUAAUAACCUUUACUUCCCUUAUGAGCCUGGAACUCAGGCGAGAAGUGCGAUCAGGAUGAAGAACACUAGUAAAUCUCACGUGGCUUUCAAGUUUCAAACUACUGCACCGAAGAGUUGUUUUAUGCGUCCACCUGGUGGCAUUUUGGCGCCAGGGGAAAGCAUUAUCGCGACUGUGUUUAAAUUUGUGGAGCGUCCGGAAAAUGAUGAGGCUCAAGUUGAUUUAAAGAGUAAAGUUAAAUUUAAGAUAAUGAGUUUGAAGGUGACAGCUGGGGUGGAUUUCUUGCCUGAGCUUUUUGAUGAACAAAGGGAUCAAGUGGCUGUAGAACGAAUUUUGCAGGUUGUAUAUCUAGAAGUGGAACGGCCUAGCCCUGCAUUGGAGAAACUUAGGCGUCAGUUGGCUGAGGCUGAGGCUGCUUUUGAAGCACGCAAGAAACCUUCCCCAGACACAGGUCCCCGGGUAAUUGGGGAAGGUCUUGUAAUUGAUGAAUGGAAAGAGAGAAGGGAGAAAUACCUGGCACGUCAGCAAGUUGAAGCGAUAGUUUCAACAUGAAGUGUUGUUUGCUUUGGCUGUAAGUGCUUUUUUUCUUCUUUGGUGUAAAAGGAUGCAUCAUUGGAACCCCUCAAUUUGCGGCUCUAUAGGGAAUAGAAGAAGGUGAAGGGAUGAGUUGACUGCCAAGUUCCUGUAGAGGACAACAAUGUGUUCUCACGCCAUUAUUCACAUUUGAACAGUGGAAAGGUCAAGGUACCCUACUCUUAGGCUAAAGCCAUCCUACUUGUAGAUAAUGGGUUUUUGUUUUGUCUUGAAAAUAAAUGCAAGGCACAAUGCGAUAUCGUAUUAUUGUUUCGUGUUUAGCCUCUUUUUCUUUUAUGCAAUAUUGCCUCGGUUUUUUUGAUGCAAUAUUUGAUUAAAGUCAUAGCCAUAGAAUUCUCUAGGGUCGUCCAUACCUUGAGAUUGUAUCUGGACAAGCAUGAAUUUUGCUCUGUUUUGAAGUGAUAUGUAUUUUAUUCUCUGUAUUUUUUUGGUACACCGCAAGCUCUUGUGCAUAUUAAAUUCAU